AUGGCCUACAAGAGCCACAAACUUAAUGAGACCGAGCGGUGGUAUCCGGUGCAUGAGAAGGAGAUGACAGCGGUGGUCCACUAUCUACGAGUUUGGCGACACUACCUUCUUGGAUCGCAAUUUGUGCUUAGGACAAAAAACAUCGCUUUGAGCUAUUUCCAAACUCAAAAGAAACUCUCCCCAAAGCAAGCACGAUGGCAGGACUUCCUAGCCGAGUUUAAUAUAGAAUUAGAGUACAAGCCCGGAAAGGAAAAUGUCGUGACUGAUGCAUUGAGUCAAAAAGUGGAGUGUGUAAAUGUCGUACAAUUGGAGGGUAGAGGCCAAGCAAAUCAAUUGCACUACAACUUCCUUUCCAAGAUUAGGGAUGGACUGUACAGUGAUCCUCAAGCAGUAACCCUGAUGCAGCUCAUUAAAGAAGGCAAGGGGAGCUCUGCAUCUAAUAUGAGCCCAUUCGAGAUCAUUACAGGACAACAACCAUCGACUCCUCAUACCUUGGCUAUUCGAUAUACUAGGAGUAGUCUGCCAGCAUAUCACUUUGCAAAAGAAUGGCAUCGAAAUAUAGAUAUUGUACCUGCUUACUUGGAGAAGGUGGCAAAAAAGAUGAAGAAGUGGGCCGACUUGGGAAGAAGGUUUGAGCCGCUGGGCACGAUGCGCUCCUCGUGCUCGGCCGAGCUACCGUUCUUGGCCGACCCAGCGUGA